AUGUCAAGAAGCCGUCGUCGACUGGGUGCCAGAGAAGGGAGCAGUCAACCAUCUCCACCGCGAACCCUACCGGAGGCUUCCUGUGUGGUGGCCAGUAUCGUGGAUGACGCAGAUAUCACUCGGUCGUGGAGAGAGUUUUGCAAUUACCUCAACACAUCCAUCCAGGCCACUCAGGCCCAACGACCUUAUUCUUCGCCAUGGUCAUCACUCUCUGACUCCUGGAAUGAUUACCUGCUCCCGCUAACUAUAUACCGAUUCUCUUUUGGUAUGAUCAACGGACAAUCUCAAACUUUACCGGAGUUCAUUUCUUCCUCGCUUGAUAAAGUCGAUAGUAACUCGGCGCUUUAUCUUGCCUAUAAAGCGAUUGGGUGCGCAUAUCACGCCAAAAGACUAGGAAAUGAAAUCGCUUCUGCUUCUAGACCUGUUAAUGCCCAUUAUGAAGCCUUAUCUGUCGUUCGAAGCUUACUAGCCGAUCCCGAAAAUUGUAAGGAUGAUAGCACGGUACUGGCGGUCUGGUUUCUAGGUCUUUUUGAGGUUAUGGUGAGUACCCAGGAUGAAAGAGCCCCUCGAGUUGUGUCUCCUGGCUGGGAAUUUCACAGCAAGGGACUCAUAACGAUGAUUCAUGAGCGUGGUCUUGAGCAAUUUAGUCGUCAGGAUGGCCGGGAUUUAUUCUGGGUUAUUUCCACAACUAUCGUCAGUCUACCUAAAUCUCGCCCAGCAUUCUACUGA